AUGAACCUGCCUCAUCCAUUCAGCUUGCCCAGCAUGGUGGGUAGACCGAGGCUUUCCUUCCAGCACUUCAACUCAUCAAACAGACUGCAAUCUCAAACUGGUUCACAACCUCUCAGACCCCCGUAUGCAUACAGCAGCAAGAUGCUCUCAAAUACCAAUGAAAGUUGCAGUAACAAUUUUCUGUCGACAGCAUCAGAAUUGAAAUCUUCAUUGCAAGCGCCUUCUCUUUUAAGGAAUUUUUCAUCUACAAUCACAUCUUCAUCAUCAAUUGAUCGUUCCAAACAAAAUUGCUCAAUAAGUAACUCAUCUUCAAAAAGCAAUUCUCCAACAUUUCAAGUCGCACCACAACUCCAACAACAUCAACAACAUCUGCCCCAACAACAGCAACAGUAUCAACGCCAACAACAACAACAUCCACAACAACAAUCUCAACUUACCAGAUCUUCGCCAUCACCGAGCUUAACAUCAUCCACAUCAAAAGUGAUUCGAACGCCCAGCAAGUUGAGCAUGUUGCAACAACCUUCAAAACUCGCCAUGAAAUCCAACUCAAAAAUGUUGUCAUCAUCAUCUGCAACAGCAGCACCCAAGAACGCUCUGGCAUAUGAUGCUGUUGAUGCUGCUGAUGCUGAUUACAACAAUGUUUCAAACUGUAGCAGUCAGAGCAACGAAAGUAGUAACAGCAGUUGUAGCUACCGACAGAACACAACAGCCGCCAAAUCCUUCUUGAAUGCAUCCCACGUCAGCAACCACACGUCUUUAAAACCUGCUCCAUCAAAUCAGGACAUUUCAAUGAAACGAACCUGCAAUGGCCCGCCUAUCAAACCUUGCUACAAUGGCAGCAACACUAAUGCCAGCAUCAAACAACCACCACAACCAACAUCUGCCAGUGUUGACAACAAACAAUCUUCCACAUCAUCAUCGUCAUUUUCAACAUCAUCAACAACUGCAACAACAACAAAAAGCAUACCAAGAAUGUCCAGCAUACCUCGUUCCAGGCUGAAACCACCUACCAAGUUGGAAUUCUUUCAUUUCAUCUCUACAUCGUUCCUGUAA